GUUGAUAUGUUCCUACAACUGCUUCAUCAAAUGCUUGUGAUGAAUACAUGGCUUUUCAUAUUUUUCACCCACUUAGUUUUACUUUAGUUUUAACUCUCUUCAGGUUCAGAGUCCAACAGCAUGUCUGUGCUCCAGCAGCCAGUGUUUGAGUCAGUCCAGCCAGGAGACUCUGUGACUCUGAACUGUACAAUACACAUUGAGACCUGUGUAGGACAACACAGUGUCUAUUGGUUCAGACAUGGCUCAGGAGAAUCCCAUCCAGGAAUCAUUUACACCCAUGGAGACAGGAGUGAUCAGUGUGAGAAGAGCUCUGAGACUGGGUCUCCCACACAGAGCUGUGUCUACAACCUCCCCAAGAGGAACCUCAGCCUCUCUGAUGCUGGGACUUACUACUGUGCUGUGGCCUCAUGUGGAGUGAUACUGUUUGGGAACGGGACCAAGCUGGACAUUCACGAUGGUUGUAAGGAGGACCAUCUUCCUUUCAUGUACUUCCUGGGCGUAGCGUUGGGUCUGUGUGUCAUCCUCAUCAUUGUCCUUACUUGUGUUUUUUACAAGAUGAGUAAGUGCACAGGAACGCACCCUCAGCCAAGUGCUCCUGCAGUCCCCAGUCAUGAUAACCAGGAUCAAGAGCCUGAUACUCUCCAUUACGCCGCUCUGAACGUCAUCCACCAGAAACCGAAGGCCGGGAGACAAAGGAGCGCUAUGGAGAGAGACACUGUGUACUCUGGGUUGAGACGCCAAAACAUGGACUGAAAUGUCAACCUUUCCUCUUUAAUAACUUGCAUUGAUUUAUUGUGUUCUACACUGUAUGCAUGUAUGACUGUGGC